AGUAUUUUUACUUUGAGUGUUUUUCUCAACUUUGCUUAGACAUUAACUUCAAGCUUUUGGUUCUAAUAAUUUCCUACAUCAUUCAUCUACUUAUGAAGAUACAUUGUUAUCUGGAGAACUACAGCUUGGAAAAUGUUUCUCUUUAUUAUAGAAUCCCAGUCUGGGCAAAGCUCUGAAGUGAGUGUUUUAUAUUUGGCAAGCUUCCUGUGUUAUCAUCCCACCCCAUUACAGUGAAGUUCCCCAAGGCAUGCAUCCUGCCCUCCCUCUUCACUGCAGCAUCUAGCUCAGGUGUUAAAUAACAGAAGAAAAUGGAAUUGAAUAUGAUACCAGCAUGGAACAGCCUGUUGAUUCAUUAAGAGUCAACCGUAAUGAUUCCGAAAGAACAAAAACAGAUCCUCAGCAUCUAAGCUGUAUGGAUUCCAGUGAGCCUUCUUUUGGACAAGAUGGUUCUCCUAGGGUUUUACCCAUUACUACUCCUGAAGUGGAUAAUUCACUCACAUCACAGAAUAUACCAGGGCCCCUGACUCAGACACAGACUCUUUCUGCAGAGCAAUUCCACCUAGUGGACCAAAAUGGGCAGCCUAUUCAAUAUGAACUUCAGUCAUUGGGGGAUUCUAAUGCACAAAUGUUACCGAUUUGCAUGCCACAUGCUGAUGUGCUUUCUUGAAGAAAAAGAAAGCAAUGGAAGUACCAGUGGAAUAAUGGAAUUUAGACAUACCCUUACUGAUCUUUAUGAUUGUUGCCAGCCCAUCAGAAAAUGGACAGGUGCUGCGUGUAAUUCCAUCUACCCAGACAGGAAUGACACAAGUGAUUAUACCUCAGGGGCAGCUUGUGGAUGUGAAUAGUCCUCGAGAUGUCUCUGAAGAGAAACCCAGUAACAGAAACUUACCGACUGUAAGAGUGGAUUCUCUAGCAGACAAUGACAGUAGUUACAUUCUUCGUCCACAAGCAUCCCUCACGUUGCCCAAAAAGACAGCGACAAGAAUACUUGAAGAACCCUUUUUGACUCCACUCCAGCCACUUUCUUCUAACACACCUAUAUGGGCCUGUCGUCUUAGGAGCUGUGAGAAAAUUGGAGAUUCAUACCGUGGCUACUGUGUAAGUGAGACUGAAUUAGAAAGUGUCCUAACAUUUCACAAGCAGCAAACACAGAGUGUUUGGGGGACCCGCCAAUCUCCAAGCCCAGCCAAGCCAGCUACACGCUUGAUGUGGAAAUCCCAGUAUGUCCCAUAUGAUGGAAUCCCAUUUGUUAAUGCAGGGAGUAGAGCUGUGGUAAUGGAGUGUCAGUAUGGGCCAAGAAGAAAAGGUUUCCAGUUAAAAAAAAUCAGUGAGCAGGAAAGCAGGUCUUGUCAGCUCUACAAAGCCACUUGUCCAGCCCGGAUUUACAUUAAAAAGGUACAGAAAUUUCCUGAAUAUAGAGUUCCUACAGACCCCAAAAUUGACAGGAAAAUAAUCCGAAUGGAGCAGGAAAAAGCCUUUAACAUGCUAAAGAAGAACUUGGUAGAUGCUGGUGGUGUUCUUAGGUGGUAUGUACAGUUACCUACGCAGCAAGCUCAUCAGUAUCACGAAUUAGAGACUCCCUGCCUCCCUUUAUCAACUUCCCCUUUUCCUAUGUCUUCUCUUGAAGAAGAGGAAACUACGGUUAGAGAUGAGAACUGUACGUUACCCUCACGUCUACAUCCUCAAGUAGCACAUAAAAUUCAAGAAUUAGUAUCACAGGGAAUAGAACAAGUGUAUGCAGUAAGGAAACAGCUAAGAAAAUUUGUGGAAAGGGAAUUGUUCAGACCUGAUGAGGUACCUGAAAGACAUAAUUUAUCCUUUUUUCCAACUGUAAAUGAUAUAAAAAAUCACAUCCAUGAGGUACAGAAAUCCUUGAGAAACGGAGAUAAUGUAUAUAACUCAGAGAUUAUUCCAGCAACGCUUCAGUGGACUACAGAUAGUGGGAAUAUUCUCAGAGAGACUGUGACAGUUACACUUGCAGAAGGAAAUUCACAAGGAGAAUCAGUUUCAAGCAAAAUGGAAACAAAUCAGACAGGGGCUUCUUUGUCGCCAGAGCCAGCCCACUUGCUCUCCUCACUUUCUUCAUUUCAGCCAAAAAUAUUCACACAACUACAGGGUUUGCAGUUGCAACCAAGAUUCACUUCUUCUGAUGGAUCGCCAGCUCUGAUAUCAGUAAAUAACCAUCCCUCCUCCAGUCCUUCAAGACUUCUGGAAUCAAUAGGAAGUGCUGUAAUGAAUAAUAAUUCUCUUCUGGUUGGUCAAACUCAUUGCCUGCAAACAGAUACCUGUCUAACCGAAAACAAUAGUAUUUCCUCUACCAUGGGUAACCUUCCAGGACCAGAUCAAAAUCUGGUUGCAGUGGAUCAGCUGGUGGAAGUUGGAGAUGUUGAGGAUACAGAGAAUCUGGAAGGAAAUGUUCAUCGGAUUCUGUUGGGGAAUGUGCAGACCAUUCCAAUACAGAUUAUAGACAGCCACCCAGCUCUUAUUGAAGAAAAUCCAGAAGGUACCGUUUCUGUGAACCAAGUUAAGCAAGAACCCAAAGAACCAGCAUUGUCUAUGGAAGCAGAAAAUAAUUUGGACUGUAAGAAAUUGUCUGCUACAUAAAUUACUGAAGCUUUUCAGAAUUUACAACUCUAAUGUCAUAAAAAAGAAGGUAGGAACUGGAACUAUCAAUAUUUUCAUGUUAUUUUGGAGGUAUUUUAAAGGAGCCAGUAUUUGUCUAUCUUGGAGGUCCCAUCAAAGCUGAUCAACUUGGAAACAGCGUGUUUUUCUGAGGCCCUUUGAGCCUCCUACACAGGGUCUCUCCAAUGAUGAUGGUGAGGGAAACAUUAAAGAUUAAUUGAUGAAAACAAUUAUUCUGUCAUUAUGUGCUCAAUCUAGGACUAUCUAAUGAGGAAUUCCUAAAAUGGAAAGAAAAAUAAUGAAACUGUUUUUGUUUCUUUACUUUAAAAUUGCUUUUAAGAGAUAUUUCUGGUUAAAACUGGAAGAAAAGAAAAAGAGGUCUUGGUUCCAAGAUGAAGAGCUUUGAAACAGGACUUAAAGAGUUUUUGCAAUUUUAUUUAUGAAUAUGAAGUUUAUAUAUUAUAUAGAAAAAUUUAAUAGAAUAUUCCUGAUAAAUAGUUGAAUCAUUGGACAAAUUAGAGUGAAUUAAUCAUACUGGUUUAAAGGACUGAAAAACAACUAUCUUCUUCCUUUAAUAUAUGAAUUUAAUAUAUGAAUUUACUGCCAACACAAUAUUCUAGAUCGUACAAGAAGAUUGAACACCUCAUAAUUUAAAAUUUCUCUAUCUUUGCAUUGGUUUGAUGGGACAAAUGAUGUAGCAUUAUAAUUAUUAUUUCUACAAAUGUUUAAAUUACAAAAAUUUAGAAUCAUGAUUAGGUACAAUUAUAAUGAUGGGUAUCUUAAAAAGAUUUAUUAUCUUAUGAUAUUUCAAUAAUAUCAAAAUUCUUAACUUUAUAUUCAAAAUUGUAAUAUCUAGAUUCUUAGGUAACUUAAAUAGGUUAAACAAAUAUUAAACUGAGUUAGUUGGUACAUAAUUUUUGAAUACUUAGACAAAAUCUAAAGAAAAAAAUGAGAGACAAAGCAUUGGUCUAAAUAGUUUUAUCUUACCAUUGUUAUUGUACAUUUAAAAGUAGAUAUAGAUCUACAGGAUGGGAAAAUGCCUUUGGAUUUUGUUAUAUACAUAGCCUCCUUAGAAUUUAUGAAGAUAAAAUGACAGGCAUGCUCAUUAGAAAAAUAGCUAAACACUUCCUGCUUUUCUGUCUUCUAGUUUUGUCUGGGGAAAAACAAAGUUGGUCACCUACAUUAAUGCAGCAAUUAAGACUGUAUUCAGUAUAAUUUCAAAGAGGUAUGCAUAUGUAUGCAAAAUGAUAUAUAUGGUUUGUUUCUUGAAGAAAUUGCUGUACAUAAGAUGAUAAGUUCAUAGAAUGCUGAAAUGGCCUUCUAAAAGCAGAGCUACAGCAUUAACUCAGAGGCAACAUUCUGAAAGUUUGCUUGCCAUCCUUGGUGCAUUAAAUCAGAGACCUCUUUAUAGUGCUGUGUUCCCAACAGGAAGAAUGCAUGGGGCAUUAAUUAAUAACCAUGGGGCAGAAGCAGGAGUGGCUCUGUUUACCGUCAUUCCCCAUGACACACUGGGAGAUUUUGUGCUUCCCACUCCUUUAAUUCUGAGCCCUGCAGGGUUGGAGGUCCUGGUUCCCAAAGGGAGCAUACUCUUGCCAGGGGGAACACACGAAGUUUUUAUUGAACUAUAAGAUAUGGCUGAUGCCAGUGCACUUUGGAGUCCUUGUAUCCAGGCACCAGCAGGUCAUCAGCGUUCUGGCAGGGGUGAUAGACCCUGACCAGCAGGAGGAGACAGUGCAGGGGGACUACGUGUGGAACCCAGAUGAUCCGUUGGGCACCUUUUGGUACUCCUGUGCCCCACUGUAACAGUGCAUAGACUCAUGCGGCAAUGUCAGUAUGAGAACAACAUGAUUGCUAAGACCUUUCAGGAAUUAAGAUUUGAGUCACACCAUCUGUAAGCCACCAAGACCUGGUGAGGUGAUAGCUGAGGAUGAGGGAGAGCAGGAGUACCACUUGUGACCCCAAAGAUCAACAGCCGUGUCAGAGGUCCCGUCUGAGUUUCUCCUCAGGAAGACAGGCCCACAAGAACCAUAGAAGACCUGUACCCUGAACCUGUGGGAAGAGAUAAGUCUGUCUGUUCAACACAAGAGGUAAGCCUUGGCAGCUAUGAAAAUGAGCCACGCAGAGCUCUUGCUUCAGGUGGGGUAACUGACCAAUGGCCCCAGCUGCUUUGCUCUGGAUCUACCAUGGUGCUUGUGCAGAACCUAUGCUUCUCACAGGCUACUCCCAGACAAUGCUGAGCAUGGCAAAGGUACUACACCAGGCCCAUUUCUGUGAGAAGUAUUCUUUGAGCGUAAAUUUGGCUUGGGGUUUCCCUGCCAGCCCUGUAGACUUUACCCAAUACCUAUCAAGCCCUUGCAUUGAAAAACUCAAAAUAGACCCCCCAGAAGUCAAAAAUAUCUCAUCUUUGUCCUGCCCCCUCAGAGACACUGUUAAGACUGUCAAGGUAGUAUUUUUCCUUAUGACAGUAAGCAGGAAACUUAGUUUUGCUUUAUCAAUAGGUUAUUUUGGUAGUAUUUUCAGGGAGAUAGCAAUCAACAGAUGAAAAGAAGCCAAAAUUCAAAAGCAGGGGGAAGACCUUCAUUGGUAGAAGAAACAGUAAAUGAAAAGGCCUUGAAGUAGGAAAAAACAAUGUGUUAAAGGGCUGAAAAGGGGCCAGUGUGGCAUAAACUUAGAGAGCAAUAGAGAAAAUGGUACGAGAUGAGGUCAGGUACAGAAGGCCUUGGAGUCCAUGGUAAUCACAGGGUCAAUUUCAUUCUGAGCACAACAAAAGAUUUUUAGUGGAGAAGUGACAUAUCUUGCUUUAUGUGUUGUAGGAGAAUGUAUUAUAGAGGAACAGGAAUGGAAACAGGAAGAGCAGUUAGGAAGUUACUGCAAUUGCACGGCUGAGAGCUUAGGUGACUUGGACUAGAGUGAUAGUGAUACAGCAAGCAAUGAGAAAUGGACAGAUUCAGGAUAUAUUUUAAAGAGAGAAUCAUCAAGACUUGCUGAUUGAGCGGCUGUUGGGAAUGGGGUGUGGGGAUGCUAAGUGAAGGGGAGGAACAAAGAGUGACUCCAGGGUUUGAGCCUUGAGCAACUGUGUGGAUGAUAGUGAAUUUUACUGAGUUGAGGAAGACUGAUUGGGGUCAAGUAGAUUCAGAAGAGAAAAGCAGGAGCUGUCCUUUGGACUGGUGAGUUUGAUUUCCAGAUGGAAAUGUUUAGUAAGCACUGAGAAAUACAGAUCUAGAGUCAGGAUUGGAGAUAAACAUUUUGAUUUAUCAUCAUAUGGAUGGUAUUUAAAAACAGAAAACAGAGAAGAAAUGUAGAUAACAAGAGAAGAAUGCCCAGGAUCCAGCCCUGGGGCCCUUCAACACUUAGAUUAGGUAGAGCAGGAAAAAUGGCUAAGAAAUUAAAAAGAACACCAGCAAUGCUUCACACUGGUCAAUUGAGUCCACUUUGGAACCUGUGAGGGAACAUAGGGGUAGGAAGUACCUCACAUUAUUUGCUAAUUGAUGCAAUCUCUUCAGUCCCUUAGUCAACAAAUAUAUAUUCAGUGUAAUAUAAACAGGGGUUUCCAAGAGACAUUGCAAUACAAGGUAACUACAGCCUAAAUGCCCUUUAAUAUACCAUAUUUACGUAUAACACUCCCCCACACAUGAGGGGAUUCAGAUUUCUAGGUUUGAUUAUAAAAAUAUUUCAGAAAAGUCUUUUUUCUUUCUAGUCUUUCUGCUUUCUAUUAUUUUUUUAAACUACCUUAAGCUAUCAAUUGUUUUAUCUUUUUAUACUUUAUUUAAUUUUAUAUUUAAUAAAUUGUUAAACUUUUUCACUGAUUUUGUUUUUACCUAAAACAUGGUUAAGUGACAGUAUAAAUUCUGACUUUAAGAAGGGCAUUAGAAUUAUGUAAAUAUAUUGACUGUCUUAAGAAGAUCUUUCCUGUCUUUUCAGGUUUAACAUUUGAAAAUACAUUGAAAUGUUUUGAUAUCAGAAUUAUAUUAAUAAAAAAUAUGGGUGUAUUUAGACCUUCAAGAAGAAUUUAACUGGAUAUAGGCAAGAAUAAAACAAAACAAAAACAUCUAGCUUGUAGUAGCUAAGAAACAAUGUGUGACUUUCAGUGUAACAGAUAUCUGUAUCAGUUGCAUCACAGUAAUUUUUUAUUCAUGAGGUCUUUAUUUCCAUGGAAACUCUGGUCAUUUUAAUUUUUAAUUACAUUAGAGUUUACAGUUCCAUAGAUUUUAACUCUGUAGUAGUAAGCACAGAAGCUAGAGCUUUACCCAUUCCUACUUUAAAAAUAUAAAGGAGGUAAAGAUAGUUUAAAAUAGUCAUGAAUUUCACUUAGUUACAACCUGUGAGUGUAUUUAUUAUUUCUAAUUUCACCUACACCUGCCCUGCAAUUUUAUAGCCAAUUAAUUCUUCUAUUUUUGUCUAUACACUUUGGCUAAAAGUAUUUUCACAGGAAGUAAACUACAAUAGAAAACUCGGCAAUGGAUGCUGGUAGAAUAAGUAGUUUGGGCCAUAAAUGUGCAAUUGCUGUGAAAUAAUAGGAGCAGAGAACUAGUUCUGCUACUUACUUGAGUAAUCUUAGGUGAAUCAGUUCAUUUCUCUGGGCUUCAACUUCUUCACCUGCAGCCUGAGAGAGUGAGAAUGAAUGCCACAGUUCAGUGGUUCUCUGAAAUAUCUUGGCUCUGUGGAGCCCAUGACUUAUGGAAACUACACACAUGGGCCCUGGAGUUGAUGAUAUUUCUCAUGACAUGGGUAUCAACACGGGUAUCAACAGGGACUGGAUGCAGAUCAGUAAUAGAAAGCUAUCAAAUGGAACAAUUUGUUCAUGAAAUGGGUUUGAUGCAGAUUUUAUAGCUAGGCAGUCUUUUAUUUCUUUUCUCUCUCUGUAUCAUUGAAUUUCCUGGUACAUAAAUUUUACAGAUUCUUGUCCUUCUUGAUCAUGAUGAUUUUUGAAUGCAAAGGGCAAGGGGAAAGGAACGACAUUUAAUAGCUACUAUAUACUUUACAUUGUGUUUUUACAUAAUUAUCUUUAUAUCAGUCCUAUAGGCAGCAAUUACUGUUCUCAUUUUAUAAAUGAGAAACUGAGACUCAAAAGAGGGUAAUUCUGUCAAGUAUCAGUAAACAUUUGAAGAUGCAAUUUAAAAUAUCACUCUGAAUUUUUACUGUGAACUGAGGUUUAGCUUCUUUCCUAUUUACAUUUGCUAGUUGUCUUUAUCAGUAGUUCCCUUCCUAUUGGCUGAAAUCCCUGAGGUGCUGAAGAUUAAUUGCAGAAGGAUCUGAGAAUCUAACAUUGUCGCUAAACAAAUUAAUAAUAUGACUUGAG